CAUCGGCGGUGCUUUAUCCUGAACAUAAUGCUGAGUGUAUGUUGAACACAGAAGAUUCUGAAAUCCCUUUCAAUGAUCAUAUGCCUAGUCAGUCCUCUUUAGAACCCACCUCCACCAUGGACCAGGAUUCUCAGCAUGAUGUGUGCUUGGUUCUCGCCAAACAUAUAAACAUGGAAAAUGCCCAACCUUCAUCACCAUCACCACCAAUAAAGCUGGAAUCAGCCAUCCUAGAGCAAAAUACAAUGGUGUCUCUUAAUGAAGGUAGCAUUAUAGGACAUGAGCCACUUGUCCUGCAUGAUGACUUUGGUGGUAGAAAUGCAGACAUGUGUAUUUCAGCUCCGCGUUCCGUUGAUGGAGGUGAAGAAACAGCUUCUGGUUUUGUUAAACAUGAGUAUUGUGAUAAUUUGCAUAAUUUGACUUUGAACAAGUCAAUUCAAGGCCCCUAUCAAAUGAAUGGCAAACUUCUUUCUGAUAAACCCAAAAUAGGCAGUGAAACUGCUAUCAAAAGCUAUGAAUUGUCUGAUGCAUUGCCAGAUACAGAAUUUCAUAAUCCCAUUGGAACUGUUUCAACUUUGAGUCAAGCAGAAGGAUCUGACAGUGAGAAUAGUGUUCCUAACUAUUUUGAUCUAGAAGCAUUGAUACUUGAUCAGGACCUGAUUCCGUGGGAUCAAGAAUCCGAUUUCAUCCAACCAGAAGUUUCAAGGUUUCAGUAUCCUGAAAGCAGGAAGGAUUUGAUAAAAUUAGAGAAAGGGGCUUGCUCUUAUAUGAACAGAUCUAUCAUGUCUAAGGGUGCUUGCUCUUAUAUGAACAGAUCUAUCAUGUCUAAGGGUGCUUUCGCCGUUCUUUAUGGCCAACGAUUGAAAUUCUACAUAACAGAUCCUGAGGUAACUCUUGGGAGAGAAACAGGAGAGGUACAUGUUGAUAUCGAUUUGGGAAAGGAAGGAAAGGCAAAUAAAAUAUCUCGUCGACAGGCAGUUAUCAAGAUGGAUGAUGGUGGAACUUUCUACAUAAAAAAUAUAGGGAAGCCUUCAAUUUUUGUGAAUAGCAAAGAAGUACCAUGUAACAAACGUAUCAGCUUAAUUUCAGACUCGUUACUUGAGAUAAGCAACAUGAAAUUCAUUUUUCACGUGAACCAUGAUGCUGUAAAGCAAUGCAUAGCUCGCAUUAGAAGUGGAAGCUCCCAAGGCAAGAUCACAGCAUUUGCUUGGGAUCAGAACCCAUGAAUUAAAGUUAUGAGAAAGCUUAUUUAUUUUUUAUGAUAGCUUAUAUAUAUAAUUAUCCAGAUAGAAUAUUGUCAUCCAGUUAACUUAGCUCCAGCCGCUCAAUGUAAAUCGAUGUAUAUUCUUGGUUCUCAAACUAUGUUCUUUGGAUGUUGGCUGCCAUAGCUUUCUACUUUGCUUCAUUUCUUCCCAUAAAA